CCCUAUCUAAGUGAAUUUAAUACAGAUAAAUAUCGCCCUAUAGUCAUAAAUUAUUCCACUAUGUUUGUUGGUGGAGCAAUUAUGUAUGUACCAGCCAUUUCCUGGCUAGUGCUCUCCUACAAUUGGUCAUUUGAAAUAACUGAAUCAUUUACCUUUAGACCCUGGCGUUUGAUCAUACUCUUUAGUAUGCUGCCUGGUUUUAUUGGCGCUCUAAUGUUGCUACCCCUUCCCGAAAGUCCCAAGCUUUUGUUGGCCCAUGACAAACAAGAGGAAGCCUUAAAGGCCCUUUCUUGGAUUUCAGAAUUCAAUUGCGGUCAAAAUCUAGAGACUGUACUGAAAACUUCUGAAAUUUAUUUAAAACCAGAAGAAUUGGCUGAUGCGGAUCUACUUGAAAUGGAUACCGGGUUCACCAUACUCUCCAAGAUUUGGAAGGCUACGGUGCCCUUAUUUUAUAAACCUCAUGGUAUGAAUGUAAUAAUUGCUGUUAUAGCUCUUUUAAGCUCCAUGUUUUGUGCAAGUGGCAUGCAAGUAUGGUUUCCCGAAAUAGUCAAUCGCAUAACUGGUGGUUCGGUGUGGGGAAGUAGUUCCACUUUGUGUGAAAUUUUGGAUAAAUCAUAUCGUAGUGAUCGUUUGAAUGUAACAAAUGAAGAGGGAGUAAUAAGUGAUCUUUGUGAUGAUACCAUCUCCACUGAAACCUACAUCAAUAAUAUGAUCUUGGGUUUAGCUCUUCUAAUAGGAUUCUGCAUACAAGGCCUGUUGCUAGGACCUUUGGGUAGAAAAAAUAUUUUAAUUGUUAACAUAGCUGUUGGAGCUUUAUGUGGAAUUUUGCUGCUUGUUGUCUCUAACUCAACAAUAAUAUUAAUAUUACUUAUUUUAUCUAUUCUGGUGCCGGAUUUGUCGGUGACAAUCAUAUGUAGCGGCAUAGUUGAUUUAGUGCCAACACAUUUCAGGGGCAAAGCUGUGAGUUUGGGUUUUACUUUGGGUCGCAUAGGUACUAUAGUGGCCACAAAUUUAAUAGGUGCCAUGUUGCAGCACUGUUGUGUGGGCGUUUUUGGCUUAAUUACCUGUGUAAAUUUUGGCAAAAAGAACGGCUCAAAUGAAAUGAAGCUAUCUAAUGAUCAACACUCACGAUCUAUAAGCAGAUCUGUGGAAAAAUUAAAUAUGGCCAAUACAAAGAAUGAAUGUGGCGAUUUACCACAAAAGGAGAGUGCUAGUGUUAAGAGUUUAUGGGAUUAUGAAGACAUUUUUGAAAUACUGGCUGGUGAUUCGGUGCGGGGAAAUAGUUCCACGCUGUGUGAAAUUUUAGAUGCAUCAUAUCGUAGUGAUUGUUUGAAUGUAUCAAAUGAAGAGGCUGUAAUAAGUGAUAUUUGUGAUGACACCAUCUCCACUGAAACCUACAUCAAUAAUAUGAUAUUGGGUUUAGCCUUUCUAAUCGGAUUCUGCAUACAAGGCCUAUUGCUAGGACCAUUGUGUAGCAAAAAUGUUUUAAUUGGUAACUUAGCUGUUGGGGCUUUAUGUGGAAUCUUGUUGCAUGUUGUCUCUAACACAACAAUAAUAUUAUUACUAUCAUAUCAAUCAUAUGUAGCGGCAUAG